GUCUGCGGGCCGGCCGCCUGCCGCGCCGCACCGCUCAGUCGCGCUCUGACAGCGAAGGAGGGAGGAUCGUGCUGCUGCUGCUCCCGCUGACGCCCGCUUCGCGUGGUCCGCGCCACGCUGCGUGCGCUCGUGUUCCACAGUCUUGCGGAUCGAGCUCUCUUUUCAAUUCUUGAGAUAAUUCUUCAUGGACGCGCUGUUGGAUAUCAACAAAUAACAACUACACUGAACUCACAUCCUCGGCAGCGUGGGAAAUGGCACUGGCAAUUUUCGUGGCGGCGAUAUGCCUGGUUUUGUCGACAACAGCAGAGUCCAAAGUCGACUACUGCCGUAUGGACACUUUCAACCGGACUGGACCCUGGAUGCAGUUCACUAAAGAGAUCAGCGAUCGCGAGUAUGCCAUCGAGACUAAGUUCAAGAGUCUUCACUGCUGCGCCAAAGGCUACAACAGUAUAGAAUGGUACAAGGACGGGAAGCCGUACCCGUGGCCGGCGAGCACGUCCAGCUUGAUCCUGUACCCGGAGUCGGGCAACCAGACGAUCUACACGCAGGCGUCGCAGGACACGGACGCCGGCGGCUACUCGUGCCGGGUGCGCAACGAGUCCACCACGCUGGAGCACCACGUGGAGCUCAAGGUGGUCGACAGCUCCGGGUACUCCGGCCGCCCGCUGGCUACCUUCCGGCCGACAGACCAGUACGUGCCGCUGGGGGAUGACGCCAGGCUUUUCUGCGAAGCCUUCGUCGGCCGCAUUGAUCUUCCUGAUGCUCACAAUGAAGUUGUAUGGCUACGCAAUGGUACACCUCUUCCUUCACAGUAUUGGCACACAGUUGCAAGGGAAGAUAGCCUGAUUUUAGGCUCAUAUCUGUUCAUCCACAAUAUUCGUCAUGAUGAUCUUGGGCAAUACGUAUGUCGUAUCUCUAACACAGGCUUCCAGAUAAUAGAAAUGCCUGUCCAGCUACAUGAACUAGGGGAAACACAAACUGCAGACACCCAUCGAAUUCCGUACAGUCAGAUGUUUCUUGUGAUUGGUCUUGUGGUACUCUCAAUAAUCACAGUUGUCACACUGUAUCUGCGGUUUGCAGUGCCAGUUAGACUCUUCUAUAAGGACAAAUUUGGACCUAGAGAGGACAAUGAUGGAAAGGACUUUGACGUUUUAGUUUGUUAUGAUGAGAAAGACACUGAAUUUGCACUGGGAGUACUAAUUCCCAUGCUGGAAAAUAAACUUGGCUAUCGAUGUUGUUCUCAACUGCUCAAGGCAUCAGCAGUGAACAGUAAAUGCUGUGAUGAGAUAUACAAUACUGCAGAACGGAGUCGUCGGCUGAUGGUUGUUUUGUCACCACCUGUUGUCAACAAUAACUGGACAUGUGCAGCCCUCAUGAAAGUGCUGCGCAUCUUUUUACAAAUACAUCCAAAUACCAUCUGUAUAUCCUUGCAGGCACUACCUAAGGAAGGUGCAACAGUGAAAAAUGAGUAUGGCGAGACUCUACAGCAGUUAUGCCGUAAGGCAAAAGUCAUCAUGUGGCAAGGAAUUAGUGAGCGUGCUCGGCGUAAUUUCUGGAAAGCAGUUCGACUUGAGCUCCCUGCACACCAUAAUACACCUGCUACUGGAUCUGUGAUUCUUCCUGCAUCCGCAAAUCGUCAGCAGAGUUCUCACAUAACUGUGAUACCACCUGCAAAGCGAGCGAUUCGAACAAACUCACAUGAGAGCCUUGAAGUUCUAGUCUAGACCUAGAGACACUGGUUCUAAAGCAUUACGUCAAUAAGGUCAGCUAUUGUUACCUUGUUCAUUCAUGCUUAUAAUUGUUAAUACAAUUCAUAUCAACCUAAACUGAUCUCAGCUCUCUUAGCUUGCAUGUUAAACCAGACCAUCUUCUGUACCUUAUAGUUACAAAUAAUAAAUAUUAUUAUGUAAGUUACAGAAUGUUUCAUUGCUUUCAUAUGUGUCAACAUAGAGGACAUAUUCUCUUGUGGAGACAUUUAGCAGUAUGCGAAGAAAAUCUUCAUAGUAAAAACAAAAACAAAGAUCCUUCACAAGUAAAGAAUGUAACAGAUGAUAUAAAAUAUUAGGCAACAAAUAUCUAAGUGCUGAAUAAUACUGUAUCUUUGAAAUGAAGAAUCAUUUACCUGAAAAUGUAUUGCUUUGUUUUUCUGGUCUUCUGUAGGAGAUCUGAUUGGCUUAGAAGUCCAAUAAUCUAAUCUUAUCAUAUGGAAUAAUGCUUUGUUAAUUUUAUCAUUUGUUUUAUGUCAGGAUUCAGUUACCUGCUUUUGCUACUAUUUAAUGUAGUGUGUGCGUCAGGUAUUACUUGUAUGUUUGUUUUUACUACAGUUUUGGACAUAAUCAUUUUGAAUAUAGUGAGACUAUUGUACUAACGUGACUGUGCCAGAUAUAUUUUUGUUACUGUAACCUACAAUCUUCAGAUAUUAUUGAUGAGUCAUUAAUUUAUUAUAACUAAAAUGCUUCCUUUUCUCUUACUGUAAUUAGUUACAAUAAAUUGGAUGAAUCAUUACUAAGAGAAGUACUUGGAAGUGUUCUGAUUACAUUUCACAGCUGCAAGAUGCAGCUGUUUUUGUCUUAAAUUAUCAGAGAGAGCACAAUUUUUACACUGUAACAAAAAUGUAUGGGGAAAUUUUAAAUCCUAUUCAAUGGUUGGCAUAAGAAAAUUGUGUAUUAUUUUCAACAUGAAUGUGCUAGUCUUGCCAAUACAUAACACUUAACAGUUAUUCUCGUUUUGUGAUUAGUGUGUGUCUUCAAUAGUAAAUUGAUAGUUUAAUGUCAGACAGCUAACAAGAGAAAAACCUGAUUGAAUUCACAAAAUAAAAGCAGCUUUCAGUCCUUAGACUAACAAACAAAUAUCAGUAUUGAUGCAUACAAGAUGAAUAAAGAAAUGAGUUCCCAAGAA